AUGGCUCUGCCUGAAUCGCUAAUGUCUGUCCAUUCUUCAAGCGGUGUCGAGACUCAGUCUGCAGACGUCGAGGAGGACAUUACUCCAGAAGAGAUUCUUCGUCAGAUGAGAGUCGCUUGGCAGAACGAGAUGGCUGCGCCGUGUCUUUUACCUCAUCGUUUCGACAUCAUAGAAUGUUUGGUGGAUCAAAUAGAAGGAAUGGAGGAGAAUUUGUCAGGACGAACAGACAAGACGAGUAUCAGAAUAUCUGCACAUCGGCUUGAGCUUCAUCGUCUUACGUACAUCACUAAUGACUACAUGCGGCGACGUUUGCAAAAAAUUGAGCAGAAUCCAAGACGGGCUUUGCGAGAGAAUCAAGAGCGAUUGGCCGAAGGAAAAUCCGCAUUACUGUCGGACCAAGAGAAAAGAUUCGCCGAACGCUACGCAAAGGCAGAAGCUCAACUCAUGGGAAGAACUUGCUUAGGUCGAUUGCAGCCUUCUUUCCAGAAAAUUCCUGUACCUGUUUUGGAUUUGGAAUGUGAAAGGGUAUACGCCGAGGUUGUGGCUGACAACGCCGAGGCUGCUAUCGUCCCCGACUAUCAAGACAAAAGCGCUGAGGUAGUAGUUGAACUAGAAAAGGGCACGGUACAUUUGUUACCAUAUCUUUCUGUACAAGAACAUGUGGAACAAGGCACAGUCCGGCUUUUAUAAUAUUUUCCUGCUAGUAUAUCUCAGUCCUUAAUUCUUAGAAUGUUUUUCACUUGUUCGUGCACGGAUUUCUUGCUCACUUACUGUACAUUCCCUAUACAAUAUCGGGUAAUUUUAUCGCAAGAAUCACUUUGUGUAUCGCAAUUUUUUCUUUUUAU